GGGGCUGAGGCGGCAGCGAUGCGAUGGCGGAGUCGCUGCCCCUGGAGAUGCUCACAUAUAUUCUGAGCUUCCUGCCUCUGUCAGAUCAGAAAGAGGCCUCCCUCGUGAGUCGGGCUUGGUACUGUGCAUUCCAGAAUGCCCUUCGGGAGAGCCUAGGCCGCAGGGGCAUCUCCUGCGUCAGCCUGACCAACCUGGACAGCUCGCCCACCUCGCACCAGGUGCUGCAAUCUGUUGCCUACCACCUGGGCCCACACUUGCAGAGUUUGUGCCUUGGUGGGGGCAGCCCCACAGAGGCCUCCUUUGUGACCCUGGUCCUGGCCUGCCCAGCCCUGCGUGCCCUGGACCUCAGUGGCUGCAACAGCCUCUUCAAGCCAGGCACACUGCUAGCAAAGCCUGAGACGGCCCAGCAGGUCCACCGGGCACUGAGCGGCCUCCGUGAGCUCAAAUUGGCUGGCUUGCGGGACCUGGCUGACCUGAGCUUCAACCGACUGAGCAGCUGUACCCCCAGCCUGGAGAGUCUCUCCUUGGCCUACUGCCACCUCACCUUUGAGUCAGGCCCAACCAGGGGCUUCGUUAACCCUGACAACUCCUCCCCCUCCCAACUCUCCUUCCGCAACCUGCUACAAUUUGUGAAGGGACGGGCCAGGAUGCUGCAGUCCCUGGACCUGAGUGGCACUGGUUUGCCUCCAGAGGCCCUGCAGGCCCUGAGCCAGGUGAAUGGGCUGCAGCUGCAGGAGCUGAGCCUGCACAGCUGCCGGGAGCUCUCCACAGAGGCCGUGGCUGCCCUUUGCCGUCGACAGCCAGGCCUCACCUCUCUGGACCUCAGCGGCUGCUCAGAACUCUCUGACGGGGCCCUCUUGGCUGUGUGCCGGGGCCUGCAGCAUCUGCAGCGCCUGAGCCUGAGGAAACUGCAGCGGCUGACAGAUGUGGGGUGUGUCGCCCUGGGGGGCCUGCGGGAGCUGCAGAGCCUCGACAUGGCCGAGUGCUGCCUGGUCAGCGGGCGGGAACUGGCCCGGGCGCUGGGCUCGGUCCCUGGAGCUCCGCCCCCACUGGCCUCCCUCAGCCUGGCCUACUGUUCCUCACUGAAGCCGCACCGAGAGCUGGACUGGCAGGCCUCUGACCCCGAGGACCCUUCUCCCCAGCCUAAGGGCCCCUCCCUGCUCGUGCUGCAAGACCUGCAGGAGUUGGACCUCACAGCCUGCAGCAAGCUGACAGAUGCCAGCUUGGCCAAGGUGCUCCAGUUCACCCAACUGAGGAAGCUGUCACUGAGCCUGUUGCCAGCACUCACAGACAAGGGCUUGGUGGCUGUGGCCAGGGGCUGCCCCAGCCUGGAGCGCUUGGCACUGAGUCACUGCAACCUCCUCAGCGAUGAGGGCUGGGCCCAGGCUGCUGGCUGCUGGCCAAGACUGCAGCACCUCAACCUGUCCAGCUGCAGUCAGCUCACGGAGCAAACACUGGAUGCCAUCGGGCAUGCUUGCAAGCAGCUCCAGGUGCUAGAUGUGGCCAUGUGCCCCGGUAUCAGCAUGGCUGCAGUCAGGCGCUUUCAAGCACAGCUGCCCCAAGUGACCUGCGUCCAGUCCCGCUUCGUGGGAGGGGCCGACCUGACCCUUACUCUCUGAGACCAGGACUGCGGCUGGCACUAGUCCAGGUCAGCCCAGGGGAGCCUCAUUCCAGCUAUCUAUUGCCACCACAAGCCCCUGGAAAUGCCAGUUCCUGCUCUCCUGGUAAGGCCCUAGCCCAGAGGCCAGGCCCAGAGGGGGGCUGCCCACUCUGGCUGUUCAUAGCCACAUGUACCCCACAUCCUUCCCCAAGGAGCUUUAACAGCAGACCCAGGCUUUGUUGUAAACCCAAAUAAGAUUAAA